GCAGCUGCCUCCAGGCUGCGCACCAUGGACAGCGGGGGCCGGCGGGUGGUAGUCUGCGACAACGGCACCGGGUUUGUGAAAUGUGGAAAUGCCGGAUCCAAUUUCCCAGAGCAUAUUUUCCCAGCUUUGGUGGGACAUCCUAUUAUUCGGUCCAGCGUUAAGGUUGGCAAUAUUGAGAUCAAGGACCUCAUGGUGGGUGAUGACGCCAGCAAGUUGCGUUCCAUGUUGGAGGUGAACUACCCCAUGGAGAACGGGAUUGUGCGCAGCUGGGAGGACAUGAAAUACUUGUGGGACUACACAUUUGGGCCGGAGAAACUCAACAUCGACCCGCGUGACUGCAAGAUCUUGCUCACGGAGCCCCCUCUGAACCCCACCAAGAACCGAGAGAAGAUCAUCGAGGUUAUGUUUGAAACCUACCAGUUUGAUAAUGUGUAUAUUGCGAUCCAAGCUGUGUUGACACUUUAUGCUCAAGGGCAGAGUUUUAUAAGCAUAUUGUUCUUUCGGGGGGCUCCAUCAUGUACCCCGGCCUGCCGUCCCGCCUGGAGCGUGAGAUCAAGCAGUUGUAUUUGGAGAGGGUGUUAAACGGAGAUGUAGGAAAACUGUCGCUAUUUCAAACCAUUUCUAUAACAACGGAAUCGGUCCGGUCAUCCUAACCUCAAAUCCGAGUUUCAUUAUUAUUAUUAUUUUUCCAACCUCAAGGACAAAUUCCAGAAGCUGUUUCCAAGUAGAAAAGAUAAAUAAUUUUCUUCUAAUUAAAACUCAAUUUUGCCA